GCCUGCAGCCCCACCAGCACUUCCUUCCUUGUGCCUGACGCUAGGAGGCUCUUAGGGUCACCCUCAGGCAAAUCCUCCAUGCACUUCGUUUCAUGUAAGAGGUAGUUUCCGAAUGUAGUUUUUUAGCGGAGCUCGCUCGUCUGCUAUCGCGCCAGCCAUCAGAAGUGUCAGCUAAGCCGGGAAGCGUCAUACUCAGCGACCCUUGACCUUAGUGAGGCAUCUUUUAGUGGGGCAUCUUUUAGUGGGGCAUCGUCUCGUCGCCCGAAGCCUGGGUCUCUGGCGGUCUUCGGUCUGCUUCCUCGCAGACUGCUCCAGCCGCAACGAACGCUGGCACGCCGUUCUUAUCACCAUAUUUUCCGAGGCCCGGCUUGUACUAAGCUGCUUACGGGUGGAUCCGCAGCGCGGGAGAAUUCGUGAACGGGUGGCCGUGACUCCCGACUGCCAGCAGCACCGAUUUCCGAGGCUAGCAGCGCGCCAAUGGCCCUGUUCAGCUCGGGGGUACCGCUGCAAGGAGGGGGGGUGGGCCUUCAGAUUCUUCUGGCUGCCAGCUCAUCAUCCAUCGUCAUCCGAGCCGCCAAUCUGGUGGUGGGCGUGGGCUUCCCUGUCUUCCGCUCCUUCAAGGCCAUUGAGGAGGGCUCUCAGGCGGAUAGGAACAGAUGCCUCGCAUACUGGUCGGUGUACGGUUGCUUCCGAGUUGUGGAGACAAUCACGGAUAAGAUCAUAUCGUGGCUGCCCUUCUACCAGCACGUGAAGCUGCUCUUCCUCCUCUGGCUGCAGCUGCCCUCCACCUCCUCCUCCCGUCCAGCCACGGGGGCAGGUCGCCUGUACGCAAGCCACUUGAGGCCGUUGCUGCUGCGCUACCGGCGGCACAUCGAUACUUGGCUCAUGAGGAUAGACCGGUGCAUGGCCUCGUGGUUCCACGCCCACCAGGAGGAGCUCGCAGCUGCAGCGCGCAUGGCACAGUCUGCAACCCGGGCAGCGCUCGCUGCUGUGGAUUCGGCCGUCACUUCAGCUGCUGCCGCUCUCCCACCCCCUGCUGCUGACGGCCAUCCUGCUGCCACGUCAGCCGCAGAUGCUGAUGGAAGAAAUGAUGUCACUGAUGAUGUCAUUGAUAGCGGUGCCAGCAGGGAUGCUGAGCUGGAUGAUGUGGCAGGUGGAGGGGGAUCGGGAGGAGGGGGAGGAGGAGGGGGAGGAGGGAGAAGGUGAGGGAGAAAGCAAGGGGAGGAAGGGGAAAGCAGGGAUGGCUGAAGUUGAAGAAUAGAGGAAAGAAGAAAGGCAUAGGGCAUGUCGUUCCAAAUGUGAUUGAUGCUAUACAGUGUCGUGCAUUGUUCUAUCAAUGUUGUCGCACCUCGGAGUUGUUUGCUGCUAUAUCUGUAAAUAUGAGGACGCGCUUGUUUCUUUCCAUGUACAUAAACACCUUUUGAGCGC